AUGCUUCCAAUUUAAACUUUUUGGAGUAAAAACAAAUCAAACAUAUUAUUAAUUGUAAGGCUUAUUAAAUUAAAUAGUUUUGGUACUUCUGAAUGCCCAAAUAUCUAUGAGUUUAAACAAAAAUUUAAUUACUUGAAGUUGAAUAUUUAAGAAUAAGGUGAAAUCAUUCCUAAUCAAACCUUAUAAUGGUUUUUAGAUAAUAAAGAAGGAAAUGUUUUAAUUCAUAGUUAAUUUGGAAUUAAUAGAGCUCCAGCACUUAUUGCAUCUGUAGUUUAAAAAAUUACUUAAUGCAAUUUAAAUGAAAUUUUAUAAACUAUCUCAUUCAAAAAACCAGAAAUUAAAGUUACUAGUAAGAUCUAAGAAGAGUAGGAAUUAUUUCAAUUAGAUCAAUAUUUUUAAUAGAUUUCAGCUCAUCUUAAAACUUAAAUUAGAUCAUAAAAAGAUUGUGCUUUUAAAUGUAUUAAAUGUAGGACUGAUGUAUUUUUAUCAGCAGUUUUAGUUCAUGGAAUAAGUAAAAAUUAAUUUAAUAUCAUAUAGAACCUGAAUGUAAUCAUUAUUUUAUUGAAAGACCUAAUUUUAUUGAAGAAUAUGAAUAAGAUGGUAAAAUAUCAUGUUAAAAAUGUAAUUAAAGAGUAGGAGAUUUUAAAUAUAUUGGAUCAAAAUGUAAUUGUGGAGAAUACAUAUGUCCUGCAUAUAUGUAUAAUAAAUCUAAAGUAGAUAAGAAAAUUAUAUGA